AAAAAAAAAAGAAUAACUAAAUUCUUUCAACAAGCUAAGUAAAAAUAGGUGACAAAAUGAUGUCAUCUUUGUAAAAUAGAAGAGUAUCGUCUUAGCAUUGAAAAUAUUGCGACUAAAAAAAGCAUUGAUAUCAGCUGAGAAAAUGAAAAUGGCAGAAAGAAAAUAUGCAUAUUAAUGUGUAAAGAUGAACAAGCACACAGAUGACCAAACUGGUCAAUGGGAAGAAAACGAAAAAGGAAAGAGGGAUUUUUUUACCGUAAGACAGGAAAGUGCAAUCUUCCAUCAAAGCAGUUUGUCAGGUCAAAAUAUAUUCGCACUGGGAAGUCAAGCAUGAAAUCUAACCCAGAAAUGUAACUAGAUGGCUUUAGUACCAUGUUCGAGGGCGAUGUCGGUGAUACUGGUGGGCUAUCACAGCGGUAGAAGUAGAAUUGAAAUUAAUAUUAACAUGCACUUAAAGAGUAAUCAUACGAUGUCACCCACAGCCCGUAUCAAUCUCAAUCCCAAACUGAGAGCAUUGUGUAGAGAGAAUCGGUUGGAGGAGGCAGUAGACAUUGUGCUUACAACCCACAACCCUCCUUCAGACUGUAACAUAUAUCUUCAACUACUGAGCACCUGCAUUGCCAAGAAUGCAUUUUCACAGGGAAAACAAAUCCACUCUCUCAUCAUUGACAGGGGAUUUGCAUUUGCUACACUUCCAUUUUUUCAAAAUAACAUUAUCAACUUGUAUGCCAAAUGUGGUAGUUUGUUAUUUGCACGUAAAUUAUUUGCCGAAAUGACAGAACGAGAUGGCUUCUCAUGGAAUGUGAUCAUUGCAGCUUACCGAAAACAUGGGUAUCCUCACGAGGCGUUGUCACUAUUCCAUCAAAUGCAACUAACAGAUGUUCAACCCAACCAGUUCACCUUUGCCAGCAUUCUUCCUGCCUGUGCCAAGUUACGAUCUUUGGAAAAGGGCAAGGUUAUCCAUCAAAACAUAAUCGAAAGCGGAUUUUUAUCAGAUGUUGUAAUUGUGGGUGCCUUGGUAGACAUGUAUGCAAAAUGCGGAAGCAUAUACAAGGCACGGGAACUGUUUGACAAAAUACCACAGAGAAAUAUAGCCACAUGGAAUGCUAUGAUUGCAGGAUAUGCACAAAGAGGUAUUCUUGAUGAGGCUUUAAAACUUUUCUAUGAAAUGCCUCAACGAGAUGUGGUCUCAUGGAACGCCGUGUUUGUAGGCUAUGCACAGUAUGGCACUCUUGACGAGGCUUUAAGGUUAUUCAACGAAAUGCCUCAACGAGACGUGGUCUCGUGGAAUAUGAUGAUUGCAAGAUAUGCACGAAAUGGUGAUUUUGACAAGGCUUUUAUGCUUUUAAAAGAAAUGCCUCAACAUGAUGUGGUCUCAUGGAAUGCGAUUAUUGCAGGAUAUACACAAAAUGGACCUGUUGAAAAGGCUUUGGAGACUUUCAAUCAAAUGAAAUUGGUAGGUGUUCAACCAAAUCAGUUUACCUUUGCCAGCAUUCUACCAGCCUGUGCCAAAAUAGGAGCUUUGAAACUAGGUAUUGACAUCCAUCAAACCAUAAUGGAAAGGGGUUUUUUGUCAGAUGUUGUAGUUGUGAGUGCUCUGAUAGACAUGUACGCAAAAUGUGGAAUUAUACAGAAGGCUCGGGAACUAUUUGAUAAAAUGCCUCAAAGAAAUGUGGUGACGUGGAAUGCAAUGAUUGCAGGAUGUACUCAAAAUGGUUUUCUUGAUGACGCUUUAGAGCUAUUCAACAAAAUGCCUCGACGAGAUGUGAUCUCUUGGAAUGCUAUGCUUACAGGAUACGCACAAAAUGGUGCUCUUAAUGAGGCUUUAAGGAUUUUUAAUGAAAUGCCUCGACGAGAUGUUGUCUCAUGGAAUGCGAUGAUUGCGGGAUAUGCACAAAAUGGGCGUGUUGAAACGGCCUUGGAGACUUUUAAGCAAAUGCAGUUGGCAGGCUUAAAGCCAAAUCCUGCAACUUUUGCCAGCAUCCUUUCAACCUGUGCCAAAAUGGGUGCUUUGAAACAGGGUAUGGAAAUCCAUCGAAGCAUAGUUGAAAGUGGCUUUUUUUCAGAUGUUGUAGUCGCAAGUGCCCUGGUAGACAUGUAUGCAAAAUGUGGAAUCAUACACAAGGCGCAGAAACUGUUUGAUAAAAUUUCUCAAAGAAAUGUUAUCUCAUGGAAUGCGAUGAUUGCAGCAUAUUUACAAAAUGGUGUUUUUGACGAGGCUUUAAAGCUUUUCAAAGCAAUGCCUCAACGAGAUGUGGUCUCAUGGAAUGCGAUGAUUGCCGGAUUUGCACAAAAUGGGGUUCUUGAUGAGGCUUUACAACUUUUCAAAGAAAUGCCUCAGAGAAAUGUGGUCUCAUGGACAACAAUGAUUGCCGGAUGUGCACAAAAUGGCAUUCUUGAUGAGGCUUUUAGGAUUUUCAAUGAAAUGCCUCAACGAGAUGUGGUCUCAUGGAAUGCGAUGAUUGCAGGAUAUGCACAAAAUGGGCUUGUUGAAAGGGCUUUGGAUACUUUUAAGCAAAUGCAGUUGGCAGGUUUUGAACCUGAUGAAUUCACCUUUGGCAGCAUACUUCCAGCCUGUGCCAAGAUGGGAGCUCUGGAACAGGGUAUGGCCAUUCAUAAAAGCAUAAUUGUAAAUGGACUUCUGUCGGAUGUUGUAGUUGCGAGUGCUCUGGUGGACAUGUAUGCGAAAUGUGGAAGCAUAAAGAAGGCACGUGAAUUGUUUGAUAAAAUGUCUCAACGACAUGCAGUCUCAUGGAAUGCUAUGAUUGCAGGAUAUGCAAUGCAUGGCUUUCAUAAGGAUGCACUCAAUCUCUUUGAACUAAUGAAGAAUUCUGGAACAUACCCUAACCAUGUAAGCUUUGUUUGUGUUUUAUUUGCAUGCAACCAUGGAGGUUUAGUGGAUAUCGGGUGUAAAUAUUUCAAUGACAUUAAUGGUUCUUAUUGCAUUAUGCCUACAAUUGAUCAUUAUGCAUGCAUGGUUGAUCUUCUUGGCCGUGCUGGCUAUCUUGAGCAAGCUUCAAACUUUAUCAUCAAAAUGGCAAUCAAACCUGCAGUGGUCGUAUGGAUGUCUUUGCUUGGAUCUUGUAGAUCACAUAAGAAUACAGUGCUAGGAGAAUUUACAGCAACUCUCCUAUUUGAGCUGGAUCCUAAAAAUGCCUCACCUUAUAUUCUUCUGUCAAACAUCUACGCAGAAAUGGGCAAGUGGGAUGAUGUUCGCAAAGUAAGGAGAUUGAUGAAAGACAAAGGAACAAAAAAGAUACCUGGAUGUAGCUGGAUUGAAGUCCAUAAAAUGGUACACGUGUUUUGUGCAGGAGACAGAUCACACCCACAAACACAGGAAAUCUAUGCAAAACUGGAGAACUUGUCAUUGGAGAUGAAAGCGGCAGGCUAUUUUCCAGAUUCAGAACAAUUACUGAAUGAUGUUGAGGAGGAGGAAAAGGAAUUAUUCCUUGGACACCAUAGUGAGAAGUUAGCAAUUGCAUUUGGAUUGUUAAACACAUCCCCUGGAACAACUAUUACAGUUGUCAAGAACCUUCGAGUAUGUGUUGACUGCCACACUGUGGUUAAGUUUAUCUCCAAGAUUGUUGCAAGGGAAGUUGUUGUCAGAGAUGCGAACCGGUUCCACCAUUUCAAACAAGGACAGUGUACUUGUGGAGAUUAUUGGUGAUCCUAAGUAAAGCAAGCUGUAAACAUAGGUUUGCACAAUGACAGGGUGUAUCAUGACGGACAUGCAGUGACAAGGAGGAAUCAGGAAGUCGGUACAUCUCUGGAAUGAAAAGCUGGAGGGAAUGAAAAGCUGGAGGAGGUGUAACAUUGGCAAAACAAAACGAGUGAGGCAUGCUAGAAGGAAAUAGAAGUUACCCGGCCAGAAAGUAGAUAGAUUGAGAAAGAUAUUGCAGUUAUAGAUUAUAACCAAGCUGGAUACUUUCUCAGGAGCUAUAAAUCGAACAAAUGCUAUUAAAGAUUAAUUUCUAGAUGGCAAGAUAUGAUUGGAGAUUUCCAUGUGCAGCAGACCUAGCAAAGGGCAUUGGAGAUUUCCAUGUGCAGCAGACCUAGCAAAGGGCAAUGGAGAUCAAAUUCCACAUGGCCAAGUUGAAGUCUAUUUACAAACCUUGACGACAACUAUAUUAAGGAAUUCUGUUUACAAAUCUCAAUAACAACAACAUAAAGCUUCUUGAGUUUUCAUACAGUUUUAGGGCAAACUUUUCUAAAGGGAAUGCAAUGUAUAAUGUUCAAAGACUUAAAUAAGCAGCGUGGCCAACCUUCGUCAUUUU